CAUUGGUUUCUUGAGACAACAAAGAGAGAUCCUAAAGUUAACAUGGCAUUGUCCUCAGAGGCAUCAUCAUCAUCACUGAAACCAAUCCCAGGCAGGUAUGGGAUUCCCAUCUUGGGAGCCAUACGCGACAGACACGACUUCUUCUACCACCAAGGAAGGGAUAAGUUCUUCGCCACAAGAAUCCGAAAGUACAACUCCACCGUCAUCCGAACCAACAUGCCACCAGGUCCUUUCGUCUCCUCCGACCCUAGAGUCAUAGCGCUCUUAGACGGCGCCUCCUUCCCGCUCCUCUUCGACAACAACAAGGUGGAGAAGCUCAACGUCUUUGAGGGCACCUUCAUGCCUUCCACCGCCUUCACCGGUGGCCACCGCGUCUGCGCCUACCUCGACACUCGAGAACCCAAGCACGCCGUCCUCAAGGGCUUCUUCCUAAACGCUCUCGCCGCCCGGAAAGACGCCGUUGUGCCUCUUUUCCGUAACUGCCUCCACGAGUCCUUUUGUGAGGUAGAGGACCAGUUGAACAAAAACGACGAGGCCGACUUCAACUCUGUCUUCAACGAUGCCUCCUUCAAUUUCUUGUUCCGGUUGCUCUGUGAUAACAAGGACCCUUCACACACCAUCCUCGGUUCUAAGGGACCGAAGCUGAUCAGCACGUGGCUGCUUUUCCAAUUGGCGCCACUUGGGACUCUUGGCCUUCCGAAAAUCUUCAACUACGUAGAAGACUUCAUCAUUCGCACGUUUCCCCUCCCUUCGUUCUUCACCAAAUCCAACUACCAAAAGCUCUACGAGGCAUUCAGAACCUCCGCGGCGACACUGUUAGACGAGGCAGAGAAAGUUGGGCUCGGGCGAGACGAAGCGUGCCACAACGUGGUUUUCAUGGCGUGCUUUAACUCCUACGGCGGCUUGAAGAACCAGUUCCCGAUGCUGGUGAAGUGGGUGGGAUUGUGCGGCGAGAAGCUUCACGCGGAUCUCAGGAGCGAGAUAAGGCGGGUGGUGAAGGAGGAGGGUGGGGUCACUGUGGGGGCAUUGGAGAAGAUGAGUCUGGUGAAAUCGGUGGUUUACGAGACGAUGAGAAUAGAGCCUCUGGUACCCUAUCAAUACGGGAGAGCGAGGGAGGACUUGGUGGUGCAGAGCCACGACGCGUCGUUUAAAGUGAAGAAGGGGGAAAUGUUGUUCGGGUAUCAACCUUUUGCGACCAAGGAUUCUAGAAUCUUCAAGGAUGCUGAGGUGUUCGUGCCGGGGAGGUUUGUGGGUGAGGGUGAGAAGAUGUUGGCGCACGUCUUUUGGUCCAACGGUCGAGAAACGGAGGAACCAACCCCUGCUGAUAAACAGUGUCCUGGGAAGAAUCUGGUGGUACUGCUGUGUAGGUUGUUUCUGGCAGAGUUGUUCCUGCGUUAUGAUACGUUUGAAUUCGAGUUUAAGGAAUCUGGUUUUGGUCCCACUAUUACCAUCACCUCCCUUACCAAAGCCUCCACCUUCUGACACCUUCAUCUUUCUACCUCUUAAUUCUCACGUUACUCUAUCUUAAUUAAUAUGUAUACUAUUUAAAAAUAAUAUGUAUCGUUUCUUUUUAAAUUAAAUUAAUUAUGAUCUUAAGUUUAAGUUUAAUAGUUUGGAAAAUA